AUGUUGAAAAUACGUCAACUAGAAGUCAAGAUGCAAGGGCACAUGACGUGUACGGAUAAACAGUCUCCCCGCCCGCUCCAUCUGUGUCGGCACGGCUCGUACCCCAGGGCCAUAAUCCCUUGCGUACCUAUAACCUUUCGCAAGCCAGAGUUGGGAGUGAAUAGUUUGCCUCUUGAAGCUAGAAUGGCUACUGCUGAUGGUCCAGCGAGGGUGCAUGACCGGAAUGCACGUCGCCGUCCAUUCUCGAGCUGGGUGAAACGCCUGGCGAACCUAAAGAGCUCAUCUGACUCUACGACAAAUCGAUGGACCAACAAGCGCUCCACGGGUAAUAAGGGCAAGAAGAGCGAUCAAGGAAACAACCCAUAUCCGCUUUCUGGGACCAUCAACCGUGACACAGGGACUCCGACACCGACCGACUCAUACACAGGCGAUCACUAUAGUGGAGAAUCUCGCUCUAGGAGCGACCCAUCUUUGUGCUCUGGCUAUGAGAACCCGGCUCCCCUGACAAGCGCAAAAUCCGCUGCGCCAACCAUUUCAACCAACGGCGACGCGGCAUUCUCCGAAGCAGCAUAUUCUAAAGCAGGCACAUUAGCAACUGGCACUGAAGGCUUCAGCACCCGCGGAGGAGGAGAGGGUAGCACUUUCUCGUCACCUGCACCCUCAAUUCGAUCAAUGACUACUACCCUCACCACUGUGCACUCCGCAGCACCCUCGACCCAAUUGUACAACGCACAAAACAGCCACAAUGGACACCAUCAUGGCAGCUCGACACAGAGCUCUUCGAACCAGCAGAUUCAAUUUUCCCACCAAUUUCCUUCUACCUCACCCGCUACCGCAGUCCCCCCGCACCUGGUGCCCCCAAACCAUACGAUGACAUACAGCGCUGCGACCGCAAACAAUGCCUUGACCGAUAACGCAUCUCUUCUCACUUUGGCGAGCUCAUCAAAGCGUCGUCGCCGCAAUUCCCUGGAUACAAAUGCGUCUGUACGCGGAUUGGCUCCGUCUUCUGUUUUUGGCGGUAGUCGGGAGAGCCUGCCGCUGAGUGUUCUGAGUGGACAUACAACUGAAGCAUCCAACACUUCUGUGUUCAAUGCUCCGGGGGUACUGAGCCGACCAAGUAUUGUUGGGCUAGCUAGUGCUGAACGCAUCAGUGUCUACUCGGCCUCCGGGGCAAUUCCGCUAGCUAGCACCGCUGCGGAGCGUGGCAGCUUCUAUACCACCAAGCAAACUGUCAGCGGCGAUACAGCCAGCAUUCGCAGCGGUGCCCAAUCACACAGUCGGAAUGAUAGUACUGCCGCUAGUAUCGCCGGGGGUAUCAGCAGUCCGUUGGCCAUGGCUGGUCGCAUGAGUCGAAGAAGCUCUGGCUGGGGCGAAAUUACUGGAGAGGAAGGCAACGACGGAAAGCCAGUUGAGAAAAAUGAAGAUGAAACGGCGCCCAAGGAAGAAAAUGGGGUUUCCGUUGAGCCACUCAAGACAUAA